AUGAACGGAACCGAUUGCGAGGAAGAUGGCGCAGGUGCAUUUUUGAUGCCGUUAAAAAAGAAGCGGUGUCCAGCCCAGACUGAUUGUCCACCUGCACGCGCUGGGCCCUGUGUCACUCGGUUCGAGGACUCGGUUGAGUGGAAAUGGACAAAGUGCACAAGCGAAAGCCUGUUCCGGACUCUAGGCCGAUUCUACGACGAGACGUGGUUCCCGACCGUGAUCAACGAGUGGUGUGAACUUUAUUACCGAUGCAACUACGUAACCGAUUACUGGCAGCACCGCGAAGAGUGGCUGGCCGGCGACGAGGAGGUCCGGUUGGCCGUAUGGGCUGAAGUGCUCAGACAUCGCGACCAACACGACGCGAACCAAAGCGAACAAUGUGAUAUCGACCUGAUGUACGUCGACGACCGAGUGGACGCCGCUAAGGUAAUGGAAAUACACGGGGCCAUAAACGAGGCUAAUGAUCGGAUAGAAUUGAAAAGAGUAGACAUACAAGCCACACACUGUGUCGAGAAGCCGAGUGCCGCGGAAAGGAAACGGGCAGAAGUCGAAGCGGCAGAGAUAGCGUUGGCCGAUCCGGACGACGAACCAGACUGGGUGGAAAUGCGACGCAGGAUGCGCGGCUCGUUUGCAGCCUUAAAUCUGGCCCGGUGUGAUGUAAGCACUGAACUCCUGGAUCAUAUCAUGAUUGAACUGUGCAAGUAUUGGGCCAAUGUACCGGAAUUGGAGCACACGAUUGAACCACUCCUGGAGAGGAACAUCAUGCGUGAGGUACAAAACUUUCGGUUCAAACUUUUCAAUGUGUCAGUUGAUAUCGAACCGGAAAUUCAACAAUCGUGUCCGGACACGGAGGAACCGGAACCGUGUUACAUACGACCGAGGUCGUCAUCCGUACCGCCACCACCACCACCAUCGUCACCCGUGAUAUGCAAAAGACAGAAACCUAGAACGGCAAGUUGUCGCAGUCGCAGACCAGCCACCACCAAGUUGGCCGAAGCCAGAGCUAAACAAAACGCCGCCCGAGCGUUAGACCGUGAAAACGCGUCUAUGGGUCAAUGUCGUAGCCGCAGGUAG